AUGAAAGACCAAGUACGCCCAUCAUUUUCGACUAUGCAACCUCGAAUUCGAGCUAUUUUGAGAAUAGAUUCAAAAACAAUCUUCGAUGAACUUAAAGAAGCAUUAGGACCUGAUGCUUCAUCAUAUCCAAUGGUCAGAAAAUGGGCGCAACGUUUUCGUGAAGAAAGAGAAGAUGUCAGUAGUGAUCCUCGGUCUGGUCGUCCGAUUUCGGUACUUACAGAUGGAAAUGUUGAGCGCGUUCGACAAGUUAUCAAAGAUGACCCACACUCAACUUAUGAUGAUAUUACGGUUGAGACUGGUCUAUCUCGUGGUACAAUAGAACGUAUUAUUCAUGAUUGUCUAAAGAUGAGAAAAGUUACAUCACGUUGGGUUGUUCAUCAACCCACUGACGAACAAAAACAAGAACGAUUUAGAAUUUGUCGUCAAAAUUUAGAGAAAUUCAGAAACGGAACAUGCCGGUUAUGUGAUAUUAUUACUGGUAAUGAGACAUGGAUUUAUCAUGGACAGAUUGAUCGGAAGUCAAGCAAUUCUACCUGGGUUGGUGAAAAUGAAUCACCAAGGACCGUUGUUCAUCAACAUAGAUCUGAACCUAGAACACGGUUUUGCUUAUUCUUUAAAUCCACUGAUCCUGUUAUUAUACAUAAAGUAGAUGAAGGCAAGACUAUCGAUCACAACUACUAUAUUGAAAAUUGUCUCAUAUCUGUUAUCAAUGAAAUAAGAAAAAAAGGAAAAUCAUUACGCACAAAAUAUAAACUGCUUCAUGAUAAUGGUCCAUCUCAUACUCAUCGAGAUGUUGUUAAAUAUUUAACAGAGGAAGGUAUCGAAAUAAUCCCACAUCCACCACAUUCACCAGAUCUUGCACCAUGUGACUCUUGGCUAAAUGAUUAUAUCAAGAGAAAUUUGGCUGAUCACACAAAAGAAGAAUCGCUGGCUCAGGAGGUUUUCAUCAUAGUGAAGAAUAUUUCAGUAAACAAGUUUAAAAAGACUUGCGAUAAACUGUUAGAAAGGAUGGAACUUUGUAUAGAAAAUAAUGGUGAUUAUUUUGAGUAUUUAAUAAAAUAAAACUACGAAUAUUUCUUUUUUUUCGCAUUCUGGUUUUAUGUUGUCAGGAUCUUUUCUUGGCCAUAAGUACGAUAGAUUUUAUCCAACAAGAUGUUAGAACUAAAUCCAAGAUAGAGCUGCUCUAUAGAUUAUUAAAGACGAGACGUUAUACUAUACACUCCUAUAAUAAAACAUUCAAUAUUUACUGUUUUAUAAAAUUUUAAACAUUGUGAUUCGAACUUUUGGUACACCCUAAGUAUAAAUAAACCAUUCAUUUGCACUCCAGACGUUUAUAGGUAGGAGUGAAAAAUUCGGUUAUAAGAAUCUUUACAAUGCAGUUAGCAGAAUGACUAAGUAAUCUAAAAGUGAUAUAGCACUUGCCAUAGAAAUGAGGAGGUCAGUUAUUUAUAAAAAGAGAAUACUCCAAGAGAUUUCUUAAAAAAAACAUUCCUAGAGAUUAUAAACGAAGAUCGCGUAUCUCCAAUAGGAUAUCAUUACUCAAACAUAGUCUUCUUAGUCAGAUUUUUCGUGCCUUAUUAUAGUAGUGUUCUCGAAUAUAUUAAUAUUCAAACUUUAUGUGAAAUUUGCGAGCAAUCUUGAUCUUUCCCAAUCCUUUUUUUCGAAGACUUCAGUUUAACAUGUAUUUCUUUCAUCUGUUGGGAUGAAGGAAAUUUUUACGAUUUCCAAAUUUGAUAGGAAGUGCUCUAUGCACCUUAUUGGAAAAUGUCUCGAAUAAUAAUCAACUCUUCCAAUAGUGCCUUCACCAUUGAAAAUGUUUAAAACGCAUCUGGACAUCGGCCUUAUAACAGUUCUAACGCCUUUUCUAAAACUUAAUCGGUAAGAUAACUACAAUGUACACAAGAAAAGAUUUGAAGUUUCUUAGAUGAGAAUGUGAACGGGUUUGCUGACAAAUCUUUGACGUACUAAAAAUCAUAUCUCUACUAGAGAAUAGAGAAAGUUCAAUUAGUUGACUCUAGUUUGCAUACAGCUGAUUCAUAGAGAGUUCUCCGUUCUUAUUCUUAGCAUAACUUCUUUUUUCAAAGUCAACGGACAACAUAACUGAUGUAGCUGACAUUACUGAAGAAUUCUUUUAAAAAUACUAUCCUAUUUUUAGAAGCGCAAUGCAAACUGUAUGGGCACCAAUAGUCGCCAUCCUCUGUAUGCUGUUAUUUGCUGCUGCUAUAGCAAUAAUAAUCAUUCUUUCAUUGAUACCAACUUAUUUGCCAUAUAGAGCAGUUGGAUCUCGUAAGACCAACGGUAAGCGAAUGUCUUCUUUUAUUUGCUUGAAUGAUUUCAUUAUCUAUUCAAAAGAUUGAAUAGAUUCUGAUGCUAUAAUUUAUUUUUAUCAAUCGAGAAGGAAUAGUUUACCACUUCAGGUAUAAGUGUAGAAAUUCGAAUGCAUCAUGAGAUGAGAUGUGAUGGGACUAACUUGAACAUUUAAAGUCUCAUAGAAAUUAUGAUUCUCUUUUGAUGACUGCUGAUGUUUUUGUAUAUCUGGCGUGAGCCGAAUAAGUUCGAAAUAAAGUAUAGAUGAAUAAUGAGUUAACGAAUACGAAGCUAGUAUCAAUAUUCGUAUGUAUUUUUACAAGUAGCACCAGUUUUCAUAGAAAAUAGCGCUCGAUAACAUUGAAUCUGAUUCACAUACAUUUUGAAAAAAAAGCGACUCUACCCUAGAGUGCGAAAUACAAUAUAAAAAAAGGUGAAACUCAUUUUGUCUUUCAAAAUUGAAUAUACGAGCUCAAAAUAGGAUGGAUUUGUCAGCAGCAGACCUAUUGCUGUAGAACAUGUAUGACAGUAGUGAAUUACAACUUUGUCAAAUCAUAAUGUUUGAUUGAGCUCGAAAAGUAGAUCGUUAUAUGAUUAUCGCCUUUUAAAAAGAUCAGUCGAGUGAUCAACGUACAGAUUUUUGACACCAUCCAAAAGCAUUCAUUCAUAUAACGCUACAACUCUAAAUAUAAACUGUCAAGUUUCAAUUAUGAUAACAGCGAACAAUUAAGUUGCAUUUGAACUUGACUCUCAAAACUAGCGAAGAGCUUUUCCUCACAAUUUGUCCUAUUUUCAUCUCCCAAAUAGUUCGGUGACAUUAUUUCUGUAUUUGUAACUGCUAAAAAUGAUUAUCUAGCCUGCUUGACAUUAUUGCUAUGCCAUUCUAACUUCAAUUGGUUUUAUAGUUACGAUGAAUGUUCAACUAAACUGUCAUACGGUUAUUUUAAUCUUCAAAUCUAGUUUAACGACAUUGGAGUGAGGAGCCUAACAAUAAUUCUCGAAACUCGUAGUUUUUGGAAGUGAUGUCAUCGGACUAAGGCAAGAAAUGAAAGUAGAUCUUUAACAAAAAAAUCAUUCGUGGUUUUUGACUAAUUGAUAUAAAAGACUUCUGGUUCUCUAAAUGUUAUGAAUACCAUUAAAUAAUAACAACAUUAAACUUCCAACUCGAAUUGUUAGCUUCACAUAGAAUGCAAAACAUGCGAUCUUUUUGGGGCUCUCUCAUUAAUUGCAUGCUGAUUUUAGCUGAAAUUUUGUGAGUAGUUGAAAUAAGAACUGAUGUAUCGAAGCUAAAUAUUCGUGAUAAAACGAGAGUAGUACUAUGAAUUUGCUAUAAAAACUAGGCCUUUAGUUUGAAUAAAAGAAUAGAAUAUUGUGUCUUUGGGCUCAAUGUUGUACGUUCUACUACUCUAUUUGAGAUUGAAAUAUGUAGUUAAAGAAAUGAUGUUGCAGUUUUUUCAUUUACAUCGGUAGUAAAAUUCCCCAAUCGUUUUAAGAGCAAUAAUUCUUGUUUUAGUUUGGUAUUUAUUGCUCUAAUUGCAGAUUCUUUUAUCGAGAAAUUUCUUCUUAAGUUUACUUUUUGUUAAACUAAUCUGGCGUUAUCAAGUUCUAAUAAGUGAUUUUGAUGCUGAAGGAAAAUGAUCCCAUUGACUAAACUAUUCGGCAAAUGAUAAUAAAUCUUCAUCGGAAAACAGAGUACGUUAGAAGAAUUUUGAAAUACUCUUGUGAAUGAUGUAAAGGCUUAUAUUGAGUCAAAGCUUUAUUAAUCAGGAUGCACUAAGAUCAACCCAAAGCAGCUGAACUAUUCAAUUAAUUCUUUAUUUUUGUUUCUUUUCAUGUAUUGAAUAAAAUAGCUACUACUACAACAACUACUACUACAUCAACUACAAGGACAACCACGACAACUACUAGCAGUAAGUAAUAGACUAAAUAGUUAAAUACUGUUUCCUACACCGAUUUAAUGAAAAAAAUAGAAUGUUUGAAAACUAUUGAUCUUCCCAUAUACAAAGAUUUUCAAAAUAAGUAAAACGUUGCACUUAAAAUAUCUCGAAAAAUGAAGAAACAUCAUUUUACGAACGAAGGUCAUCUAAUCACGCGCACUUGAGAAGAAAAUGAAGCUAUUGCAGUUGUUCGAUCUUUUUCUCUCAUUGUCGAUGGGUUUUAGUUUUUUGAUUGAACACACACUACUCUUUCACUAGGAGAUUACGUAGGUUUUAGACUGAUGAAAUCAAUGAGUCUUUAAUAAGUAAAUCAACUUUUAAUUGAAACUAUUGAUAAACAAAGUUGAAAAAUUUAUAUGGCUAUCACUAUUCUCUAAUGCAACUGUUAGGUCAUUAGAUAAGUCUCCAAUUAGUAUUGAGAAACUCAAAGUGAUCUUACUUUAGAAAAGUAGGUCUUGAGUAGAAUCCUGAAGAUUUGAUGAGAUUGGCUUGGUACGUAAGACCAAUUAAGAAAUCGUGAACGAAAUGUUGUCAUGCAGAUUAAAAAGCUGCUUUUCUUUCGAACACAGUAUAAGAUUUAGGUGGUCAAGUAACAACAGAAAAUAGGGAAAUAAAUUGUACUUGCAUGGCUCUAACAGGCUUCUACCAGCUUUGGAAAAAAGUAGCUUCUGAAAGUAAAAUUUUUGGGUUUUAUAAAUUAAGCUUCUGAAUGAUUCAUUGUCUUUAAAUUCGUUAAUAUAUGUUAACAUCUAUACAAGUAGAUAGUCAAGUUUUAAAACUAAUAUUGAUCAUAUUCUCGGAUUCAUAAGAUCUUCUAAAAAAUCAGAGCA